CAAAUCGCAUCGAAUUCAACCGCUCGAAUCAAAUUGAAUAGACUCUAUUUGGCGAUGGCGUCAGAAGCCCCGGGAGAGAUGAAGAAUUCAAGGCUUGCGCAAAUGCAGAUGCGUUUCCAGCAACGGACGCAGCAGGAGCAGGAGGUGCGUCGGCGGGAGCUGAUGGGCGCGAAGACGAGUGUCGAGAGCCUGACCGGUGGAGCGCCCAGUGCCGCCACCACCAGGCUGAUUGGGAACGGAAAGGUGCGUCAGAUGUUCGACGAGCGCCGCCGGGGAGCGGGCAUUGAUCGCAGCCAUCCCCUCAAGCCGAUCGGAACCCUUCCGUCGCCGCCCGCCCAAGCGAAAACCCGCACUCAACAGCCGAUGCAGCGGCUCGUUAAGGGCGUUUCCGACAUGAACCUGGGGGAUCCGCCCAACGCCGGCAGGCGGGUCACCAGCGACAGCAACAACAACAGCAAGUUUGCCACCCCACGAACAGUGAACCGAAACCUGAAGCCGGUGGUCACCCGGAAGACGCCACCUGCCCAGGAGGCGACACCCACCCAGCAAUCCCCGUUUCCGCCGCAGCGCAGUCCCAGGAUGCAGGCAUCAAACCGAUUGACCGGUGGGACCACCGCACAAUCUAUUCGCCCUUCGCCGCCACCGAUUCGACGGUCGGAGCCAAAAUCCCCAGUUAAAAAAGUUAACAUGACCUCCGCGACAGCGGCCCCGGAAGGAACUGCUCUGUGCCGGCACUGCGGACGGCACUUCAACACGGAUCGCCUGGGAAAGCACGAGGCAGUGUGCCAGCGCAUGGUUUCCACCAAGCGCAAGAUCUUCGAUGCCGCGAAGCAGCGCGUAGAAGGCACCGAAGCCGAGAAGUACAACAGGAAGCCGAAGGGGAUGCGCACGCAGACCAGCUCGUACAGUAGUGCUGCCCAGCAGAAGGGUCUGACCACCGGGGUGAAGAAGAACAACUGGCGCAAGAAGCACGAGGAGUUCAUCCAGUCGAUUCGAGCGGCCAAGCAGGUGCAGUUGCACUUGGCGCGCGGCGGCAAGCUGAGCGACCUGCCACCGCCGCCGCCGUCGGAGAACCCCGACUACAUCCAGUGCCCGCACUGUGGACGUCGGUUCAACCAACAGGCCGCCGAGCGGCACAUCCCCAAGUGCGCCAACAUGAUACACAACAAGCCCCGGAACGGUCCUCCGCCGAAGCGGCGUUGACAGGCGAUCUGGAAUCGGUUAUAGCUGAUCUCUGGUUGAUAACAGUGGACAUGUCCAUACUUUUACUUGUGAUAAAGAAGUUUGAUGAUUGGAACGAA